AUGUCCAUUGACGACCGAGCCCGGGGACACCUUGUGCAGCAACCCGUUGGCUUGAUCCGGAGCCUGGGAGCUGUAAAAUCUGUUACCAUCAUUGAACAGACAUUGCAAGUCGCCGCGGAGGUUUGUCCAGGGCCAGAUGGUACGAUUAACGGAAAGAACAAGCACCAGAUAUAUUCUCAGAUCCCUAGUCACGGCAAAGUUAGUCGGCAAGGCUUUAAGGUUUGUGAUCCGGGCGCCACCGGAUUUGCAACAGAUAUUUUCAAAGAGAAUGCUAGAGCUGACGAGAGCCGGCCAAGUGGUAUGAAUGCAGGUCUAGGCCACGGGCUUGAUGUGAACGAUUCUCUUAGUGCACCUAAGCGAUGGGCGACCCCGCCGGCUGAUGGCCCCGACCCCGGAUAA